UGUCAAAGAUUUUGAUAUUUUAGAGUAGAAUCAUUAUUACAAACAUAAGCAUCAUGGAAUUGUGCAGUCAAGUGAGAGUGAAUACAAAGGGACAGUAAAUGUGCCCUUCUGAGACAUGACAGUGCCGCAUUGAAGUUCUGGACUUUGUCUUGGUGCAGUUGGUGGUGUCGACAAUGUUGUUGGAACAAAUAGAAUAAAGAGUUGCAGCACGUUGUGUUUUACCCUGCCUGACGAGUCUGGAGCUAACAUUCCAACAACAUUUGGCCAAGAUGUCGAAACCUACAGAACUGGAAUCUCUACGCCGUCUGAGAGGAACAGCGAAAGGGAAGUUAAGUAGGAAAUGCAAAUUAUUACGAGAACAAGUAAGUGAAAAUUCAUCAUGGGACCAAAUUGAGUCGUACUAUAUGGAGGUUCAGAAAGCUUUCAGUGAGUUAGAAAUAUUACAUGGAAAAGUAACUGAAAAUAUGUGCCAAAGUGUAGAAGAAAAUUUUGAUAAGAAGCUAGAGGAAGAGGAACUCUAUAUAGAACAGGCUGAAAUAAUAAAAAAUGAAGCAUAUGCUCAGCUAAUGGCUAGCCGAAAGAAAGUGGAAGAGGAAUGUGCAACUGAGAAGUUAAAGAUUAAAGUAAAGCCAUUGGAUCCUCCAAAAUUUGAUGGAGAUAUCCGACAAUAUCAAACUUUUCGUAGCAACUAUAGAAAGAUUAUGACGGAAACUUAUGGGAAGAAUGCCUAUGCAUUAUUUCAGUGUUUGUCAGGAGAAGCAUUAAGUGUUGUUCAUGGGGUGGAGGAUGAUUUUGAUAAAAUGUUUUAUCGUCUUGAUCAGAGAUAUGCUGAUCCGAUUAGACUAACGGAUUGCAUAAUUGAACAGCUAAGAAAACUAAAACCAAUCCCUGAAGGUGACACUAUUAAAUUUAUUGAUGCAGUAAAUGUGAUUGAAAAUUGUUGGACAGACAUGCAGAGAAAUCAAUUAAAGGAACAAAUGUCUACUGUGAUUGUAAUAAGUUUGAUUGAGAAAAUAUUGCCUUCACAACAAAGGCGGGAUUGGACAAGAAUUUAUCAAGACUUGACGGACAAAUCAAGUGCCUUCCCAAACCUUAUGGAAUUCUUGUUGAAAGAAAGACAAAUACUGGAUUAUAUGGACAAAGAUGUACGCAAAUUUAGUCAACCAAAUAAAGCAAGUGUACAUAAUGUAGAAGUAAGUGAGAGGGAUGACCCUUUUAUUAGUGCCUUACAAAAAUUGCAAAUUCAACAAACCGAACACCAGGCAAAUAUAGAAAAUAUUUUGCAAAGGAUGACUCAGUUUAUAACAGGGAAUCCCAAAGUAACACAAUCUAGAUUUCCUUUGGGUAAUAGUAUUUAUUGUUGGUACCAUAAUUCAGAUAAUCAUUCGAUCCAUAAAUGUUCCGUAUUCCAUAACUUGGAACCUACAGUUAAGAUGGAUGUGUUGAAGAAAAACUUUAUAUGCUUUCAUUGUUUGGGUAAAGGGCACAGUCAGAAAAAUUGCCAUGAAAGGAGAACAUGUUUUAUCAAAAUGAAACAUGGUAAUGUUUGCGGUAAACCACAUCAUCCUAAAUUACACUACCUGUUUUCACAAAUCAAUCCAAAUGAAGUGAAUAUCAAUAUCAACAAAUCAGAGAAUUCUAUUUUAUUAAUGAUUGGACAAGUUCACUGCAAAGACAGGGAAAUUGUUACUCUGUUUGACCCUGGAAGCACUAAUAGUUUGAUUACACACAGUAAAGCUCGAGAACUUGGUUUGUGUGGGAUUCCUUAUAACAUUACCAUGGUGACAGUAGGAAAUGUUUGUGAUACUGUUUCUACCAAACUUUAUGAAGUCCCUCUCAUAGAUGUCACAGGGAAGAUAAGGUCAGUACAUUGUGUAGGGAUUGACGAUAUUACUUCUGAAGUGAAACCAGUAGACAUAAGUGAAAUACACUAUAUAUUCGAUGUCCACAAAUAUUGACAUAUUAAGACCUCAAGGGAAAGUAGACUUA